GGUUACUCGGGUGAGAUGUUGCGGUAUUUAAGUGAUUGUGGUACUUCAAAUCGCGUCAAAACUGCGCCCUUGGAGCUGAUUAAAAAUGACGGCAUACUUAUGUAUCUGGUGAUGAUCUUCAAAGACGCCCAGCAACGUGUGGAUCUAGCGAUACUACGCAAAAAUUCCACCGCUAAACAUCUAUCGCACGUGAUUAUGCUCAUUAAAAAUUCUGAUACAGUGACGGAUGCUUGGUUGCGUCGCACCUUUAUGAUUUUCUGGCGCAUCUGGUUCCUCAAUAUCGUGAUUAUGUUUCAACGCGACCAUCAACUCCACGUCUAUCGAUAUAAUCCCUUCGCCGAUGAGUUUCUUAUACGUGUUCAAUUGGAUAACCAAACACUGCCCGGUAUGGCCGAACUCUUUCCCACCAAACUGCCGGAUAUGGGUGGCAAACCGUUACGCGUCUGCAUGUAUCACGACGUGGUGCGUGCCAUUUUCGAAGAUGACAAAAAUGACCAGCAGGUAACGGGUAGUGAUGGUCUGCUAUCGAGUUUCGUAGCGGAGCGUUUGAACGCAACACGCGUCAUACACCGUGUCAGCCGCUUUGGCAACUUCACACUAAGAGCGGACAUUUGUUUCAAGGAGAUCACACAGGGCAUAGACGAUGUGGCGUUUAACAUACGUUUUCUUUCGGCGCCGUCAUUUUCUCAACACGCCGAGUAUACAUUCGUGCAUGGACUCGAUAGCCUCUACGCGUUGGUGCCGAAGGCGAAAAUGGCGACGACAUUUUGGAAUCUGUUUCGUUCGUUCAGAGUGCCAGUUUGGUUCUCGAUAUUGCUGUCCAUACCACUGGCCUAUAUUUUCUGUAAUCUAAUACACCAGCAUCUGAAUAAGACGGGAUUUUCGCUGCUUCAGUUAUUUGCGUGCACACUAACAAUGCCAUUGACAAGGAUCCCAACCGGCACGCCGUUGCGCAUCUUUAUAUUCUUCUGGCUCUUCUAUGGCAUGUUGAUUUGCAAUGCUUUCAAGGGCAAUCUCACAAGUAGUCUCGUCUUUCGCACUUAUCUCAAUGAUGUGAACACGCUGAAGGAAUUGGCUGAGUCGCCAUAUGAUUUGCUAACUUUCGCCAGACACACGAAACAUUUGGAUCGCUUCCUGGACGUCAGUGAUCCGUACGAGGCAAUUAUUAAGCGUAAAAUAGUUGUUGUGCCCGACGAAGAGCUCUUGACUGGCAUUAAGGAGAAUAAUCUCUCCUAUGCUUAUGUGCAGAAAUAUCACUACGCUACGUACUAUGCCAACGCACGGAUACAUUCAUUACGCGGUAGGCCACUCUACCAUGUGAUGUCUACAGUCUUGGUACCCUUUCAUGCGGUGUACAUUGUGCCCUACGGCUCGCCUUACUUGGGUUUCAUCAACAGGCUGAUACGCAGCUCACAUGAAUACGGCUAUAAUGCACACUGGGAGAGCAUCAUGAAUGCAGCAUUCAUAGAUUCAGGAAAGAAAACCAUACGCGAUGUAAUGAAUGACGAUGACCCGAUCGUGCUCAAAUUAUUUCAUUUUCAGGCAGCUUUCGGUAUCUGGUUCGUUGGACUGACCGUGGCAUUUGUGACUCUGAUAUGGGAGACCUUUCAACGGCACGAUGCCGAGAAGGUUUUGACUCAUUCGGAAGUGAAGAAAAAUUAAAUCUUUCCGAGAAGACGCCAAAAAAAGUAUUCUUAUUCUCAAGUUUUCCCCGAAAAAGCACAACAAAAAACCCAGAAUGCUGGAAAAACUCCAUUCAUGCUGUUAGUUGGAGAGCCCAUGCAAAGCGUGAAUUCUUACC